UUCAGCACGGAUAGCGUUGAAAUCGAGCGCAUCAUGGGGGCGUUUCAAUCUGUUGUCCUCAGGAGCACUGAUUGGUUCAGAAUUUAAGUCGCAUCUAAAUUGCGUCAAGCUCCGUUGCUUCAACACGUUUUACAUUUGCUGAUAGUCGUCCACUUCUUGAGGUAAUCAUGGCGAAGAAUAAACAAAAAGGCAAAAAGCAGCAGAAUGUUUUCCGAGUGACCAACAAACAGACAAAACAAAAGAAUAAGGCAAAACCUGUCACUUCAACUCUCAAACACAUCAAUAAAGUGAAGAAUGAGAAGGUGGAGAACCUGAAUAAAAUAUUUACAGAGGUCCAACUGGAUGUCAGAAGUGUAUCAAAAUGCACUGCUCCGGUGCCCAGAAAGCCAACACCGGUUGUCCGUGAAGCACCGAAAGAGUCUGCGAAUGUGGACGGCGCUGCCCAGUUGUUCUCUCAGCUAUAGUGCGGAUUGGCUGCAUGAAAUGAAAUCUAGUUACAAUUCGAACAGUCCACACUGCCCCAAUAACUUGUGUAGAAUGUAAUAUGACUAUCAUGAUGACGAUAUGUAAAUAUGGUGAUAUAUUUUUAAAAAAGUGUGCAGAUAUUCGAAGAAUGUAAAGGAUUAAUUUGUUGAGAGGUUGACACAUGCUGUAAAAUGAUAGAUUCCCCGUUGGACACAUCUGCCAAAUAUAAUGAUCAACAACCUUAAGGUGUCUGUUGCAUGUAUCUAUGCUGAUAUUGAUCUCUCUCCACAAGACUAUGCUGCCAAUGCUGAAUGUCAGGGUCUUAGUGCCACACAAUAUUAAAUAUUUGUAGGUAGUUUUUAUUGGAUUUUAUGAGAUAUUGUACUAAUUAUUAAGUUGUUCUUGGAUAAUCUACUGAAUGAUGCGUGGGUCUAUUAGUAAAUCACUCGUUCUUCUCCUUUUUAAAAAAACUUUGGGAGAACUACAUCUCGGCGCAGCUUGCUGGCAGUGGCUGGUUUUAUGUAUGCUGGGCACAUUCAGCGGUAGCCAGUUGGUGGUGCUUUACUGAUGUGCUCCUGAUUGCCUGUCUCUGUGGACAGACACCUGUGUGGAGGCUGUAUUUAUUCAGUCAGUAAGCAUGGGGCUGUCACAAGACAUACGUGUGCCUGGGAAAUGCUGCAACUGAGAUUACAUUCGCAUUUUACAGCUUGUAACAUGCUUCUUUCUGUAAGCUGUUUUUCUGGAGGUGGUUAUUGGUGAAAUGAUAUGUAAUGGCAGAUGUUCAAUAUCAUAUUUUAUAUCCUGCGUUUCCAAUCUCAUUAGUCUUUUCAAGGCUUUAAUUGUAAAAGUGUCACCACUUAGAAUUUAGGUGCGAAGUAGAAUAUUCCUGAAAUACACCCCCCCCCCCCCCCCACAACCACACUCCCAAAAAACUGACUGGUAUGAGGUGAGUGGAACAGUGAUACAUGUUCUGAGCUUAGCUUAAACACUUUUCUGAACAUUUAAAUGAAGCUAAGGUGCCAGGACAUUACAUUUUCAGUGUAGGCCGGUAUACAUGCAUUUGUGAGAGUGUAGCUGUUGUAUUUAAUACGGCAGAGGAAAUGGUUCUCUUGGUUCUGAAUGAUUGGACACUGGGGUUAGUGUGACAGCUGCUACAGUGUAGAGGUUUCAGACUGGCCUUGGAGCCAGGUACAUCCCAUUGAGAUUCCAGAUGGAAUAGCUGGAGACAGCAGGGUGGCACCAUAAUACCCUGGGGGAAGAGAAUACAUAUCACACAUGCAUUUAUAUAGGACUGAAAAACACGAUCACGCACACUAUUACAUUGACUUAUGCAGUAGAAACCCUCCAUCCAGCCACACUACAAAGCACAGUGUGAGUUUUAUCUACACCCCACUAGGGUGAGAAAAUCUCAUGGGCGAAAGGGUUGUGCGGUAGCACAGGACAUUGUACCUGGCCUGUCAAUUCCGUUUCCACAGUAGGUGGCAUCAUUUCAAGCAUGACUUGCUCUUCAAAAGGGGUCCUCGUGACAGGACCAUAAAGUGGCAGAGAAUUUUCGAAGAAAAAAGAUUGUCUGAGUAAGAUGGUCGCUGUCCACUGCCUGUUGGUGCUGAACCUCGAAAUGGCGCUAUUGAUGCUAUCAGUGGAUCUAAAAUAGCAUGAUUAUUAUAUCGCUCAUUCUACACAUAUCAAUGUCACCAUGACAGAUGCAGUUUUUGACAACAUGCCAGUAUAUCUUGAGUCGGCUUCCUUGAUUCUGCUGUGGUACAUUGUUCAAAUUAACUUCUAAAUUUGUGAAGUACAACAAAUGUAGUUUGGCCUAGGAUGUUAUUUAGAGACUCAUCAAUUCUGCCCACUCAAAAAAGUUAUAUGAAGGCUAUUACCUUUUUUUCCCGGCUUAUUGCUGAAAUGGCUGACAAUACAAACUGCACAGUGCAUUUUUAGAUGCAGAUACAGUAUAUCACCAUAAAGUUAGCAGCUCAAAGCUUGAGAUAAUAAAAGUUACAUUGAAAAGUAUUGACUUAAUCAACUAUAAAGACAAUUGCUUCUGAA